AUGUUUUGCUGCAAAUGUGGUAUACUGGCAGCAGAAAAUGCAAAGUUUUGCCAUAUUUGUGGAUUAGAUUUUAGACGGUCGAGAAACAGUGCAGGUGGGGACGAAGAAAUGCAUUGUUUUGCAAGAAAAGGGGCGCCAAUGGAAGGACAGAGUAAAGGGGAAAAAAGAAAGGAAAAGCAUGUAAAAGAAGAGGAUGUUACUAUUUGUAUUGGCUUGAUGGAAUGGCGGGAAAGCGAGUGUAAACUUAAAAUCAAACGUGGAAAGAGAAUUUCGUGCAAAGUUUCAAACAUGGAUACGAGAAUGGGUGUGUUGAUAAAGGCAGAAAAUAAGUGGCGACAAUAUCAUCCUGAUUUUUAUGAUACAGAAGAGGAGUAUUGUUUACUUUAUGAGAGUGGGGAGAAAGUUACAACGAUUCCUGGUUGUGAGGAGGAUUUUAUUUUACACAGAUAUCGAGAAGAAGUGGGAAAAGAUUACAAAAGAAUUGUUUUAUACCUUUGCAAAGAAAAUGACUUCAUGAUUACCAAGAAGUUGGACCAGUAUGCAACCAGCAUUAUGACCCAUUUAUUGGAGGAGAUCAAAGUCAAAGACAAGACGGAAUAUUCCCAUGUGUCAAAUUUUCAAAGUUCAUCUGUCAUAUCAGUAUCACCAGCAAGUAAUAGCGCACUACUCCCAGAAAAUAUGACAUACAUUUCACCAGAAUUGUUAUCAGAUAAUGUUCCAUCCACAAGCAGAGACAAUAAUUCUUACAAGACUUUCUUAUCCUUGUUUGAUGAUGAAGAAGAAGAUGAAUGUGAGAAUGGAGCGAUGCACCAAGCAAUCGUUAAUAGUUUAAAAGACUGUUUACCAGAGGAAAGUGCUUCAGUGAUAUUAUCAAAAUAUAUUUCAGAUAAUUUUAAUGAAAAAAAUGAACAUCCUGUAACUGUGACUGUAAAUCGUCAAUCUGUUUACAAGUCGACCCUGCGUGCUAUACAACGGGAUACUUUCUCUUUUGUUAAGCCUAUGGACAUACAUUUUUCAGGAGAACUUGGAGUACAUGAGGGAGGACCUCGAAGGGAAUUUUUACGUCUUUUGAUGACAGAAAUAGCUCAGAGUCAAUUAUUUAUGAGAGACUGGUUUGCACAUGAUAUUACAUGUUUUCAGAAUAAGCGAUAUGAAUUAGCUGGAAAACUGACUGCAUGGAACAUUUUACAGGGCGGUCCUGGUCUAAAUAUAUUAUCUGUUGAUUUAUAUUACCUAAUGGCAGGACGUACAUACGACAAGUGCAAUAUCAUACAACUCAUUGAGCCGACCACACAGCACAUACUUAUGAGUUUAUACACUUGCGACUCUGAGCAACAGUUUUGUAGUUUCAAAGAACAAUGCAGUGAUCAUAUAAUCCAAUCUUGGAUAUCCUGCAAUUUACAUGGCUAAAUUUAAAGAUAAGGACUAUAUCCUUGAAUGUUUGUUAAGACAGAUGUUUAUAUAUCAUGUUCAUGCAGAAAUGGAACAAUUUUUCUUUGGAAUGAAUUUUGUUGGUGGUCUUGGAGAUUUAACAAAAGGGAAUUCUAAUGUUUUUAAAGAUGUACUUGGUAUCAAAGUGUCUCCUCUAACUUUAACAGAAUUUACAUCUUUGUACAAAAUUGAAUUUUCAGAGGAAGGAUCUAAGAAAAGAAUGCAAGAAAACAACACAAUUUAUUAUUUUGAAAUAUAUUUACAGGACUUGUUCGAAGGUAAAAUAAAUGAUUUGAUAUUUGAGAACCUCCUAGCAUUUAUUACAGGAGCUGACAAAGUCCCACCUCUUGGAUUCCCAAAACCAAUCACAUUAAAUUUUUAUGAUUUUACAGAUAAUGUAAAACGAUUACCAUUUUCCUCUACAUGUUCAUUAACAAUGAGUUUGCCCAGAGCUUGUAAAGAUGACUCAGAGUUUGCAGAACUGCUUUCAAGAUCAAUGUUAGAUAGCGUUGGUUUUGGAAAGUGUUAAGACUAUAUAUUGCGUAUCUUCAUCUUUUGUUAUUGUUGGUAAUUUUUGUUUUAUACCAAGUUUCAUAGAAUCAACAGAGCAGAAAAAAGGGUUUUAUUGUAAUUUACCUGCUACAUAUUAAGGUUUUGUUUUGUUUGGAAAAAACUGAGAUUUGUUAUUACUUGCAGAGUUACGUUUUUUACACGUAUACGUUUUUAUAUUUACAUUGUUUUUUCUGUAUAAUAUUUUUGUUGUAUAUAAACUUUGAACAUCUUA